AUGGAGAUGGUAUGCGAGAGGACGGGGAAAAAGGGAGAAAGUCAUAAAGGUAAGAAUUACAAAUAUGAGAAGAAGACGACUAGGGUCUACAAAACAACAUCGAAGAAGUGUAAAUGUCCGUUCAGGAUUUAUUUCAAAAGGCAUCAUGAAACUGAUCGAUGGAGAUUGGAUAGUAUUCCUGACGGUCGUCAUAACCAUCCUCCACCUAAAAGUUUAUAUGGACUCCCUGCAUAUGCCCGAUUGAAACCGCAUCAAAUGGAGAAGGUUCGUCAGAUGAAGGGAUGUAGGCCUCUUAAGAUCCUAAAUGUGAUAAGGAAGGAAGAUAAGGAUAACUUGUCUACCAUUUCCACAAUCUACGCUGCCAAAGCAACGAUCAAGAACAUCGAAUGGAAUGGUAGAUUAAUUAUGCAACAGUCUGAGUGGUUGGCAGAAACACUUAACUACGCCAUGCAAACCAGGGUGGGUGCGGACAAUAAGGUGACUCAUAUUUUUCUUUCCAAUCCUAGGAUGGUGGAUUUGGCUCAGUGUUUUUACCAGGUUCUGUUCCUAGAUUGCACCUACAAGACAAACAGUUGGAACGCUUCAAUGGGCUACGGAGAAUUCGUAACGGGGAAACAAACUUCAUCCACCACAAAGAAUAUACCACAUUGUACCGAUGUGCUAGGAGGUUCAUCGACGAACAUUUGA